AUGUUCCACGGUCCUCAACGAACCAUCCUAACGGGCGUUUUAUCCGAUACCAUUGGCGCCCUUCGACUACUAGCUGUAGAUCAUUAUCCUGUUAUCGGCCUGGCCUCUUCUCAGAGCGAAGAAAAGUUCCCUUCCGAGUCUAAAGCUCAAUUAUAUCCUGUUUUCUCUCGCGGCAAGGAAGAAAGUUCUUCAUCGCGCUCCUCUCCUUUAGCGCUCAAAAAUUAUACGUUCGGCGGUACGACUGCACUAGUGCUCAGUGCCUUCUCUGCUCCAACCAUUGUUGUAGUCAGCAAUUCUCUCGCUACGAUAUUUUUGCGUCUGAUGGUAGAAACACGGUUUUCCGCUUACGUCGAAUAG